AAGCUGCCGGUGCCCCCCCUGCAGCAGACCCUGGCCACUUACCUGCAGUGCAUGCAGCACCUGGUCCCUGAGGAGCAGUUUCAGAAGACUCAAGCCAUUGUGCAGAGGUUUGGGUCCCCUGGAAGCCUCGGUGAGACCCUGCAAAAAAAACUCUUGGAGCGGCAGGAGAAGACAGCCAACUGGGUGUCUGAGUACUGGCUGAAUGACAUGUAUCUCACCAACCGCCUGGCCCUGCCUGUCAAUUCCAGCCCAGCUGUGAUCUUUGCUCGGCAGCACUUCCAAGAUACCAACGACCAGCUAAG